AUGGGGAACAUUCUAACCUGUUGCGUGGCCCCCAAUUGUGGCCAGUGCAAAUGCAAAGGGUUACUGGAGUCAGACUGCGACUCUGAGGUCUAUGGAGAUGCGGGGGCACAAGUAACUGCUCCCCAGAAGACCAAGAAGUUUUCAAAGGGAGCCAGGGAUGGACACCACCGGGAAUAUAUCCAUUACUGGAAGAUGCCCAAAGAAGGAGCUUCGAAAUUAAACCCUUCAGAUGAUCCAAAGAUACGCACAAUUUUCCUGAGCAAAAGUCAAACAUAUGUGUAUGAGCAGAGGAACAACACCCAUCUCAAGCAUGUAAAUGGAGGACAGCUUACGAGGAAGUACAGCUCCUGCUCCUCAAUAUGGAUGGAUGAGAGCACUCUCAGCAAGCCUAAUCAUAGAAACAUAGUACAAUGUAUGACGUUGGCAGUGUAUUACCACAUAAAAUACAGAGAUGCAAAUAGAUCCUUGGAUAUUUUUGAUGAGAGACUGCACCCACUCACAGAAGAGAAGCUUCCAGAGGACUACUUUCAGCAUGAUCCUGAACAUGAAUGUAUAUACAGAUUUGUUGCUAUUAUUUUUAAUGCCCUAUGCAUACCAACUGAAUGCGCAAUAAUGACUUUGGUUUACUUAGAAAGGUUAAUGUCAUAUGCUAAGAUUGACCUCUGUCCUACCAACUGGAAAAGGAUUGUCUUGGGAGCCAUUCUUCUUGCCUUCAAGGUUUGGCAUGAUAAGGCUGUGUGGAACAUACUCUUCUGCCGGAUCCUCCAGAACCUUGCACUCCAAGACAUAAAUCAACUGGAAAGGCAUUACUUGUGUCUGCUUGAGUUUAAUGUUAAUGUGUCUGCCAGCACUUAUGCCAAAUACUACUUUGAUCUUCGCUCUUUAGCAGAUCACAGCAACAUGUAUUUUGUGUCUGCACCUCUCACCAAAGAAAGAGCACGGAAAAUAGAAGCGAUGUCAAGAUACUGUGAGGAUGGAGGCUUGCACAGAGGUGAAAUUGGAAAAUCUUCCAGUGAUGACAGCUUCACUGGAAUUCGACAGUCUAAAGCCAUCCUGUCUUAAAAGAGAUAGAUGGGGGCUAUGACAUCUUAGACCCUCGCUUACACAAGAUGGACCACCUGUCUUGCAAAAAAAAAAAAAAAAAAUCCAAAGAGAACAUUUUUGCCAAAAGGAAAGACCUUGAAUUUCAGAAACUUUUGGACAGCGACAGUUGUAUUGCAUGGGAAGAGACCUUGUGAAAGCAGCAACACACUUCCUUUCUUCACUGAUGUGAGCAGAGUUACUAGUAGUACAAAGCAGAAGCUCCUGGCUGACACAACCAUUCGCUUACUUCACAGGCCAAUGCCUGUGAACUGUGCAAGGUUUUAGGAUUAAGAGUAUACAUUUAAGCUAGUUUAAAACUUUAA